CCUUAUACGACGUAACUAUUACAAAUAAGUUCUUUCGGAGAGAGGGAGAGCGAGAACGAGCGAGGGAGCUCGAGAGAGGGAGAGAGAUGGUGGAAUCGACGGGAGGGAUCGAGGUCUCGGGCCUUCAAUUCGCUUACGAGGGCCAGCCUCCGUUGUUCACGAAGUUUAAUCUCGAGAUCUCUCCGGGCGAUCGUUGCCUCCUCAUCGGUGCCAAUGGAUCCGGUAAGACUACUUUGUUGAAGAUUCUAGCUGGGAAACAUAUGGUUGGAGGGAGGGAUGUAGUGAGAGUCCUCAAUCGUUCUGCUUUUCAUGACACACAGCUGGUCUGUAGUGGUGACCUCGCCUAUCUUGGAGGUUCUUGGAGUAAAACUAUUGGUUCUGCUGGGGAUGUUCCACUCCAAGGUGACUUCUCUGCUGAGCAUAUGAUUUUUGGAGUUGAAGGGAUUGAUCCUGCUAGGAGAGAGAAGCUCGUCAGUCUACUUGACAUUGAUCUUCAGUGGCGGAUGCAUAGAGUUUCUGAUGGACAGCGCCGCCGUGUCCAAAUUUGCAUGGGCCUUCUUCACCCAUACAAGGUUCUUUUGCUCGAUGAGGUUACCGUGGACCUAGAUGUUGUCACUAGAAUGGAUCUUCUUGACUUCUUCAAGGAAGAGUGUGAACAGAGAGGAGCUACCAUUGUUUAUGCCACACAUAUAUUUGAUGGAUUGGAGACAUGGGCCACAGAUGUGGCUUACAUCCAAGAUGGUGAGCUGAGAAGGUUUGGGAAACUGUCUGGCAUUCAUGAACUGAAAGGUUCCAACAACCUGCUCUCAGUUGUUGAAUCAUGGCUUCUAUCUGAGUCCAAGAAUCCAAGGAAGCAGCCCGUUAAUUCUUCUGUCCAAUCAAGCAGGGGCUCUCCCUUUGAUUCUUCUCCUUUUAGAUCAUCCCGUCAUAUGGCCUACUAUCGUUGAUUGCUCCAGAUCUAGAAUUUUCAUAUAUAGACUGUUCCAAACUUCUUAUCAGUUCAAUUUAAAGUUCCUGUCAUAUUUUUUUUCGUCCCCAAUACGAGAUGCUGUAAUGGCUUUGUUGUACGUCUAUUGAAGAAAAAAAAAACGUGCUGAGGCAAAUAACUGUGGUUGGUCUGCUUAAGUCUUAUCAGAAGUGUGUAAUGCUCAUUCUGAGCAACUUUAACUGAAGCAGCAGGCACGCUGUAAAUUAGAUUCUUAAAUAAAGAACAUGGCAAAAGCAUGCUUUGGAUUGAUA